GAAACGCACUCCUACUGUGAGCUGAAGCUCCUGAAACCAGAAAACUACAAACACUUUAAAUGGCAAGCCCAAUUCUAAAACGCAUUCUUCUCUUUUCUCCAAAAACCAUUAAUCCCCAGUCUCUCUCCACCGCCUCACCUCCAUCGUCCGAUCAACAAUUAAUCACCACAAUCACUUCACUCCUAAUCCACCACCGCUCCAAAUCAAGAUGGACCCAUCUCCGCUCACUCAUUCUCACCUCGAACAAAACCCUAACCCCAACCCACUUUUCCCAAAUUAUCCUUCUCUUAAAAUCAAAUCCCCGUCUUGCCCUCCGCUUCUUCCACUUCACUCUACGGAACCCUUCUUUUUGCUCUCAUGACCUCCGUUCAAUCUCCACCAUCACUCAUAUCCUAUCCCGGGCCCGUCUUAAACCGCAGGCCCAGUCUAUUAUCCAUCUUGCUUUUACUUCGCCUGUUUUAGUUGAUGAUAGUAAUGGACAAGCGCUUAAAUUCUUCGAAAUAUUGGUUAAAACUUAUAGAGAGUGUGAUUCUGCUCCUUUUGUUUUCGAUUUGCUGAUAAAAUCUUGUCUUGAAUUGAAAAAGAUUGAUGAUGGGUUAAAGAUUGUGAGAUUGUUAAGGUCUCGUGGGAUUAGCCCAUUAAUUAGUACCUGUAAUUUUUUGGUUUCUUGGGUUUCGAAAUGUAAAGGGUGUUAUGCUGGUUAUGGCGUUUUUAGAGAGGUCUUUGAAGUGAAUGAUAAUGAGGGCAAAAGGGUCAUUAAAGUUAGACCUAAUGUGCAUACUUUUAAUGAGCUGAUGAUGGGUUUUUAUCGAGAUGGUGAAUUGGAGAUGGUAGAGGAGGUUUGGAGUGAGAUGGAGAGAUUUGAGUGUGUUCCAAAUGGAUUUAGUUAUAGUGUGUUGAUGACUGUCUUUCUUGAUGUGGGGAGGACGAAAGAAAUAGAGAAGUUAUGGGAGGAAAUGAGAGCAAAGGGAAUAAAGGGUGAUGUUGUGGCUUAUAAUACUGUGAUUGGUGGAUUUUGUAAGAUUGGGGAGAUUGAAAAGGCUGAGGAACUCUCGAGAGAAAUGGAAUUGAAUGGUGUUGAAGCUAAUUGUGUUACUUUUGAGCAUCUCAUCAAUGGGUAUUGUAGUGUUGGAGAUGUUGAUUCCGCAAUUCUUGUGUUUAAACAUAUGGUUAGGAAAGGAUUUAGGGCUGAAGGUUCGGUAAUGGACGUAUUAAUUGGAGGGCUUUGUGAAAAGAGAAGGGUUUCUGAAGCUUUAGAGAUUAUGAGGAUUGCAAUGAGAAAUGACGGUUUUCGUCUUAGCGGAAAGAGUUAUGAAUUGUUGAUUAAGGGGUUAUGUAAGGAUGGUAAGAUGGAUGAAGCAUUGAAGCUUCAGGCUGAAAUGGUAGGGGGAGGAUUUGAGCCAAAUUUUGAGAUUUAUGGUGCUUUUAUUGAUGGGUAUAUGAAGUUAGGAAAUGAGGAAAUGGCAGCUAUGUUGAGGAAGGAAAUGUCUGGAAUUCAAAAGCGGCAAGAAGAGAACUAGAUGUUUAUCUUUGACAAGUUGACAAGCUGGGAGGCUAUCGUUUCAGCCAGCUUGCUCAUUUUCCUAAGAUGGAUAGCCAUGGGAUUCUUGUGUUUAAAAAUGUAUGACAAUAAUGUGUUUUUGAUGUAAAAUGAUGAGUAGAUGUAUAAAAUCUCUGGCCAAUAUGGACAGUACUGGUGCAUGCCAGCAAUCUUUAGCCGGAGGAAGUGAGCAUGUUGCUGCCGUACUGCUCAUUCUUGCAAGAAGAUAAAAGAUUGAACAGUAUAUCAUAGUGAAUAUUUUCUGAACAGUAUGAUUAGAUUGGUUGCUGAUCAAAGAAAUAUCAUUUUUAUUAUGCA